AUGCGGUACUAUAUUGCCAGCGCAAACGAGUAUCUCGUCAUUACCGGUGCCGGUAUUGAUGAUUUACGUAUCUGCAAAAAGGCACUGGUGUACCCAUGGCAGAAGAUGUCCCGGAUUUCGGUCAUGCCCUUUGACUUCUCCCUGAACCUCCAGGCUAUGACACUCGAGAAGCUUCAGUUCGCACUUCCAGCUGUGUUUACUAUUGGUCCCGACAACGAGAUGGACGCUUUGAAGAAAUACGCUCUCUUACUCUCUGGAAAUACGGAUGGAACCGGCCAGCCAAAGAAUGAAAUCAAUCAACCAGCUCGACGCAAUCAUGUGCAGGACAUUGUCAAGGGUAUCAUCGAGGGUGAGACUCGUGUCAUUGUGUCUAGUAUGACCAUGGAGGAAAUUUUCAAGGAGCGUCAGAUUUUCAAGACAAAGGUCAUCGAGAACGUCCAGAACGAACUGCAGCAGUUUGGCCUACGAAUCUACAAUGCCAACGUCAAAGAACUUCAAGAUACCCCAGGCAGCGAAUACUUUGCCUUCCUCAGCCGCAAGGCCCACGAAGGCGCUCUCAACCAAGCCAAGAUCGACGUCGCUGAAGCUCGCAUGCGCGGUGAAAUUGGCGAAGCCGAGAAGAAAGGUCGCACAAAGCAAGAAAUCUCCAAAAUCGAUGCCGAGACCGCCGUGCUUGAAACCAAACGUAAAGCCGAAAAGGCCAAGGCCGAUUCAGAAUUGACGAGCCGGCAGAUUGAAUUGGAGCGGGAUAUUCGUAUGGCCAAGAUCGGCGCUCAGCGUCAGACUGAGAUGCGAGAUGCGGAGUUGCAGAAGAAUGUUGAGUCGAAGCGUGCGGAGACGGAGCUUGAGCGUCUGCGUGCAACGGAUGUUACCAAGAGCAAGAUUGCGCGUGAGUCGGCGCAGGAGAAGGCCGAUGCUACCUUUUAUACGGAGCAGAAAGCUGCUGAUGCCGCGUUUUACAAGCAGAAGAUGGAAUCUGAUGCAUCCUACUACCGCCAGAAGCGUGAAGCAGAAGGUAUCCAAGAGACCGCCAAAGCCUACAAGGCCAUGGUCGACACCCUCGGCGGCCCUCAAGGCUUCUUACAAUUAAAGAUGAUCGAAUCCGGCAUGUACGAGCGUCUGGCCAAAGCCAACGCCGCCGCCGUCAACGGCAUGCAGCCCAAGAUCACUACUUGGAACACCGGCUCUGCAGCCGGCGAAGCAGAUGCUACUGCAUCUAUUCGCAACAUUAUGCAGUCUCUGCCCCCAUUGUUUAGCACUAUCCAUGAACAGACUGGCAUCGCGCCUCCAACUUGGAUUGCGCAGAUGCCACAGGUUAGCACCAACGGUGCUGUUGUCGCUCCCAAGAAGGUCAAUGGCAACUGA